CCCCGUGGCCAUGACACCAGGCCCCGCCCGGGCCUCCUCCGUCGCCAUGGCAACACCAGGCCGGGCAGGCGACGCCAUCUUAAGACCGGGCACAGCGGCCUCGUCUCCUCCCCCUUUCCAGCCCCCUCGCUUCCGGUCACCUGCCAAUCAUUCGGGCGGCGCGCCAGCGACUUCCGGCGAGGUGGCCAAUCGUGGCGGCGGCUGCGGGGAGCCACGUGACGCGGAAGCGGAAGUAGGAGACGUGGAGAUGGAGCCGGACGGGGCGACACGGCACCCCCCCAAACGCCGGUUACCGGCCACGGCGCCUCGUAUGGCGGAUCCGCACCCUCUCUUCGGUGAUACCAGCGCGGCGGGGGGCGGCGGGGCCCAACCGGGCCGGGGUUACGGGGCUCCCCCGGCCGCCGCCGCCGCCUCCUCCCCGUACCCACCGGCCGCGGCCUUCCUGGGCGAGCCGGUGUCCAGCCUGGCCAUGGCCUACGGGAGCAGCUUGGCCAGCCAGGGCCGCGACAUCAUGGACCGUAACGUGAGUGGGGGGGGGACGCGACACGGGGGGGCUCCGUGGCCGGUUACCGGGACCCCUCACGGCCCUUUAACUCUCCGCCGCCUGUUGCUCGACCGGUUCAUCCCCGUGGGGCGGCUGAAGUAUUAUUUCGCCGUGGACACCGCGUACGUGGGGAGGAAACUGGGGAUUCUCAUCUUUCCCUUCGCGCAUCAGGACUGGCAGGUGCGGUACCAGCAGGACACCCCCGUCGCCCCCCGCUUCGACGUCAACGCCCCCGAUCUCUACAUCCCAACGAUGGCCUUCAUCACCUACAUCCUCGUCGCCUGCUUGGUGCUGGGCACCCAAAACAGGUUCUCCCCCGACAGCCUGGGCUUGCAGGCGAGCUCGGCGCUGGCCUGGCUCAUCGUGGAGGUUCUGGCCAUCCUCCUCAGCCUCUACCUCCUCGCCGUCAACACCAGCCUCACCACCAUCGACCUCAUCGCCUUCAUCGGCUACAAAUAUGUGGGGUGAGAGGGUUGGUUUUUUUAGGGGGGGUGGGUUAGAAAAA